UACAUAUCCUACUUAAGCAAUACUAACAGUUUGAACAACAACAACAACAACAAUAAUAACAACAAUAAUAAUAAUAAUAAUAACAACAACCACAUCGAUGACAACGUCAAUGACAACAACAAAAAUCGAACUGGCACAAUUGAAGUGGUGGAGAGGGUAGGCAAGCCAGUCGGCUGCAAGGUCCUGGGUUCGAAUCCCAGUGCGAACCUCUCCGUGUACAUCGGCGAUCGUGAUGUCACUGAGUAUUUCAUCAUCACUCGAAAGGAAAUCUACUUUGAUGGCAAUGAUGAUGAAGGCAAACCAGUUUUCGUGAAAGAUCGGAACGAAGGGAAGCACUUAGAUGAGAACAACAAAUCAGCAGCAUUUAGAACUUGCCUGGAGAAGAACAACCUAAAUAAAAUUAGAGUUCCAAAAUUUGCCAUCGGGCGUCAUUUUACCAGAUUGCAUUUUCAACAAACCAUCCACUGGGGCCGAACAACGAUUCACUUCGAACAACCAGCAACAAAUGGUAACCGAAUGACAAAUUCGAUCUCCGAAUUAAACAACGAUUCUGUCUUCAAUAAUUAA